GACGAUCUUUGCCCGCCUUCAGAGGAGAAGCGGCGAAGUUUACCUCCGGUAGUAGUAGGCAGAACGCUUCUUACGGAAUGGAGACUGGGUAUUAUAGAACAACAAUAAAAACAGAAUCAGGUUCUGAAAGUAUCUGCAUGGAAGAAAUGAUGGUUAAGAAGACCGAUGAUAUGGCAGACUUCAUGGAUGACUUGAAACUCAGCUCACCAAAGAAAAGAUACUCUUGUUUGAGAUCUGAUAGAAGUUGUGUUAGGUCAUCAGCAAGGUCAUCUAGUAGAUCCUCCUGCAGUUCGCAGUCCAGUUCAAGUACAUCCUCUUCAGCUUCUUCCAGGAGUUGGAGCCGGUCCAGAUCCAAAUCACGGGCUCGACAAAAUAGUUCCCGAAGGUACAGAAGAUACUCUCGUUCCUUUUCCAGAAGCCGGUCAAGAUCAUGUGGCUACGUGAGUUACAGAGGAAGGUACUGUGCCAGACACUACAGGAGGUACCACCGUUCUCUGAGGUGUAGGUCAUGGAGUAGGUCAUGGUCUCGUGGAAGAUCCUAUUACAGAAGGUCCUAUUCAAGAAGCAGAUCACGUUCAAGAGGCCGAAGAUACUAUGGAUUUGGGCAAAGAGUAUAUCCUGAGGCUUACAGGAACUGGAGAAGCAGGUCACAAACAAGAUCUCGUAGUAGGUCACCUCUACAUUUGAGUGAAAAAGAAAAGAGGGAACUUCUGGAAAUUGCAAGAGCUAAUGCUGCCAAAGCUCUGGGAACAGAUAACAUAGUCUUGCCUGCAACUUUGAAGAUCCUUACUCCUUCCAAGGAGACAAAUAAUAUAAAACAAGAGUAUGAAGAUUCUGGGGAAUCAGAUGAGCAACCCGGAAAACUAACAGAAAAUAGAACCAAAAGUGGAACGGAGAGAGCAGCCACACAGAGGAGCAUUUCUUUCAGCCCUAAUAAUACAAUGGCAAAACCAGUACUACAGAGGCCAGCAAGUCAUGUUAAAGAACCAUCAAUUUCUCCAGGAAGAGAUGACAACAGAAAGGGAAGUCCCUAUGGGCAAUGGGUUCCUGUCAAGAAGGAGGAGAAAACAUUUGUAAACUUCUCACCUAAACGUGCACAGUUCCAGGCACGCUAAUAUCUUACUGUUUCUCAGACUGUAGUAUUAUGCAUACCCGAAUGGUGAGGUCUGAAGUUUUCUGAUCAGGUUGAAGACUUGUCAGUAUUGGGUAUUUAUUUUUGAAAUCUUUAAUUUUGAAAUCUUAGGUUUCUCUUUCAGAUAUAAAGCACGGUGAGCCAGAAGCCACAGAUGGGAAUCUUGUGUAUAUUUGUAAAUAUUUUUGUAUUGCUUUAAUGGCCUAGAACUUACAGGUGGGUAACUUUUUCUAAAGAACAGUUCAGUAGCUGUUAAUUUGAGCACUUGAAUUACUUGUGUAACUGUUGACUCCAAGUAAAUAUAUUUUAGUUUUGCACUGGCU